GAGAUUUUCAGGAAGACCCACCGGCGAAUGGCAAGACAUGACUCCAAGCGAGCGGGGAAAUAAAUCUAUGAUCUGUUGUAGGGGACCUGAAGCACGCGAUUUGAAACGAAUAUAUAAUGAAAUAUAUUUAAGAAAAAUACUUGGAGAAUACGGAACUAAGGAGUUCCAUUGCUGCAAGUGUAAAGGGUUAAUGGAUAUACAUGAACUAAGAAAUUGUAAACGAGAAGGCGAAGAUCCGAGAAUCACAUAUGCAUGUGAAGUAUGCGAAAAUGGUAAGGAAACAUGGUAUGAUAUAAACAAGUGGGAAAUAGUAAGACAUGUACAAAAAAUGGGAAUAAAAAAUAACUGGAGUUGGAAGUGUGGGUGUAAUCCAAGAAGUAUUGAAACCCACUUCGGAGGAAAUGAAAGGACAACUCGGCAACACUGUUGCAAAUGUAAAACAAUCGCAAAAGAAGAUAAAUUAACUUUCAGGUUAUGUGGAAAAGCAAAAUUCCAAACUUGUGAAGACAGUGAGAAUGAAGAAAAAUUAGAAUUAGGAGAAGAAAUACCUGAAGAAUGGGAACGACAAAAGGUAGUGAUAUGUGACGUUUGUCAAGGGAAAUUCCCAAGAAGAAGAAAACAGGGAGGAUACAGUCAUGAAAAAAAUAUAUGUGAUUUAGAAUGCCAAGUAGCAUUGGCAGCAGCAACAGAAGCAGUACGAUAUACUGAAAUACGGGAAGAAGUACGAAGAAGAACCGAGGGAACGGGGAAACGAUUUAGAAAUACGAGAGAAUAUAGUAAUAACAAGACUGGAAUAGUAAGACUGGCGGGACUAUAUUUCAGAAAAUAUAGGGAAGGAGAACUUAUAACAGACGAACAACUAAGACAAGCAAAAGAACCACGGGAAGAGGAUGAAUGGACUCACACAGGAAGAGGAUGGACACUAGAGGAAGAAAUAAGAUUAAAUAAUAUAAUGAGACAAAUGGAUGAAUCGGAACCAACGGAAGAGUUUACUCAAGAAAUGGAACAAAUGGAAAGAAUAAUAGAAGAAACAUUCCAUUACGAGGGAGAAAGAAAAAAAUUUAAAAUGGACAUAAAAAUGGGAUUUUGUAAAGAAUGCUUAAUGCCGCGAAACGAAGGAAAGGAAUAUUGUGAAGACUGCGAAAUAGAAUACCAAGAACAAGAAAAAGGAAAGGGAAAAGAAACCCCA